AUGUCUGAGGAUCCAGCUACCAGUUUACCAGAGAUCCAAACCUUCCCCACUUCUCAGCUCACUGUGAAAAUCUUGCAAGCUAGAAAUAUCACUGCAGCUGACCCACUGAGUGGAACUGACUGCUAUGUAACACUGUGGCUGCCAACAGCUUCGCAGGAGGAAGCAAGGACUCAAACAGUCCUUAAUUCAAGCGCACCUGUGUGGAACGAAACCUUCUUUUUCACCGUACAGAAUCAAGUGAAGAACAUCCUGGAACUGAAGAUUUACGAUGAAGACCUGCUCACAACAGAUGACCUGCUCUUUACUGUCCUUUUUGAUGUAGCUGAAGUCAGCCCUGGAGAGAGAUUCCACACAACCUUCAUACUGAAUUCAGAGCAUAAGGAAGAACUGGACGUAGAGUUCAUAAUGAAGGAAAACUUCUUCUGUUUUUCAGUUAAUUACCUUUCACCAAAGGUUCUAGCCUUCCUGAAUUUGGAUCGUCUUGAAAAUCUCCUCACCAACAACAUCAUAGUGGCCCGUCCAGUUUCUUGUUUGAAUGUUUGUGUUUCCAAGGGGAAAAGUGCAAAGUAUUUGAAAGACGAAGGUGACCUUGAACUGAGAAUGAAGGGAUCAUAUGAAGAUACAUGGAAAACUGUUUUGGAAUCUGGAUCGGUAGAAUGCUUUUAUUUCCACUAUCCAAUGCAUUGGGAACCACAAUUAAACACCCACCUGCAGCAUCGCUCAAGUAAUGGGGAGCAAGACAAACAGAAUUCAUCGGCAUCCUUGACUAUGCCUCUGAAAUCACUUUCUGUGGGGCAGGAGGUGAAAGUAAUUCUUACUGCAUCAGAGGAUACUAAUUUGGAAGUUAAAUUGCGUACACAGACUUGCUCAGAACACCUUGAUGUGCGUUUGAGGUUUGACCUGUGCGGAGAGGAAAAGACUUUUCUACAUAAAAGGAAGAAAGUGGUUGCAGCUGGUUUGAAAAGUGUCCUCCAGCUAGAAGAGGAUUUGUUGGAUCAUGAGGUGCCAGUAGUUGCAGUCAUGGCCACAGGAGGUGGAUGCAGAGCAAUGACGUCUCUUUAUGGGCAGCUCUCAGGACUUAAGAAGCUUGGCAUUCUGGACUGCAUAACAUAUAUCAGCGGUACCUCAGGCUCAACUUGGACCAUGUCAAAUUUGUAUGAAGAUUCUAAUUGGUCCCAAAAGGAUCUGGAGAGGCCAAUCCUUGAAGCCAAGAAGCAUAUGGGAAAGAAUAAGAUGAGCACAUUUUCUCUGGAGCACCUGAUUUAUUAUCAAGAGGAGCUGCGCCAGAGGGCCAAAGAGGGCAUCUCUACUUCUUUUAAUGACCUGUGGGCCGUAGCUCUGGAGAAUAUCUUGCAUGAUGGGGUGAAUGAUUUUAAGCUAUCUGAUCAGCAACAGGCUGUGAAUCAAGGGCAGAAUCCCCUACCCCUCUAUUUAGCCCUUAAUGUGAAAGAAAACCAUAUUUCUACUUUUGAUUUCAAAGAAUGGUGUGAAUUCUCCCCCUAUGAAGUUGGUUUUCCGAAAUAUGGUGCAUUCAUCCAUUCAGAAGAUUUUGGAAGUGAAUUCUUCAUGGGACGGCUAAUGAAGAAAAACCUAGAGUCCCGGAUCUGUUAUUUAGAAGCGUUGUGGAGCAAUAUUCUUGCUGUGAAUCUGCUUGAUGUCUGGAAUAAGCUGAGCAGUACAGAUGCAUCUUGGCAGAAACUUAUCAGAAGCAAAAUAAGAAACAUCGAGAGAAAUCAUAUUCCACCAGAAAGCUCUACUUACUUGGGGACCUCCUGGAUGUGUCCUGAUGGGAAGCUCUUUCAGAUUAUAAGAAAUAUUUUAACUGAUCGUCCAUUGCACCAUCACAUCCAUAACUUCCUCAAUGGUUUCCAUAUGCAUAAAGAUUAUUAUCAGGAGAGUCAGUUCUCUACAUGGAAAGACAGCCGACUGGACCAGUUUCCUAAUCAACUGACACCAUCAGAAGAAGGUAUCUGCCUGGUUGAUGCUGCAUAUUUCAUCAAUACUAGCUGUCCCCCGCUCUUGAGAAAGGAGCGGAAAGUAGAUGUCAUCUUAUCAUUUGAUUACUCUCUGGACAACCCUUUCCAGUCUAUAGAACAAACCAGUGAAUACUGCUUGGAGCAGGGAAUUCCUUUCCCCAGGAUUUCAUUGAGUGAGGAAGACAAGAAAAAUCCAAGAGAAUGUUACCUAUUUGUGGACGAGGAGAAUAACAAAUCCCCCAUUGUGCUUCAUUUCCCGCUUGUGAACGAUACAUUCCAGAAAUUUAAAGAACCAGGUGUGGAACGUAGGCAAACCGAGAUGGCAGAAGGCACAGUCCCUCUAUCUGGCUAUUGCUCACCAUACCAGCUGAUGAACUUUACAUACACUGAGAAAGACUUUGACAGACUCCUGAAACUGACUGACUAUAACAUCCAGAAUAGCAGAGACUUCAUUCUUCAGGCUCUCUCCAUAGCCAUAGAAUGGAAAAAAUGUGGCCGGAAAUGUGCCCAGCCAUGUGACUCUUCUUAGGAUCCCUUGCCUGUUUUUACCAGCAAUGUAUGGCUUCCUCCUCCUAGUAGAUCAUCAAACCUUUAGCUUUGCAGAGGAGAAGGAUUGCCGGGUCAAUGGAGUUCAACCCCCAAACAGAUGAAGGUUACUAUCCUGUACACAUUGAUUAGAGAGAGCAAGUCAUAUUAAAUUCAGCAGGCCUCACUUCUGAGCUAACAUCCUUAGGACUUUCACUGUAAGAAAUCUGAAAAUGGUGAUGCCUUGCUUCUUAUCUUUACUUGUCCUUCAAGCACUUAAAUCAGGUAUAUGGAGGCUGUGGACCUCGAGAUGUAGAUUGACUCCCACCAGCCACAACCAGCAGGACUAAUGCAAAGGGCGAUGUGAGUCUUAGUCCCGCAACAUCAGGAUAGUCGCAGGCUCCCCAUCCCUGACAUUUGAAAGAGAUGGGAGAAAGAGAGGUUAAAAGAUACCAGCAAAUGCCAAAAUCGGGAAUAUUGUAGCGUCAGACACCCAGUGUCAGAACCUGGGGUUACUUCUUUGCUUAAUAAAUUGAGUAAUUAUG